AUGGAGGAUGCCUCGGGCGUCGAAGAGGAUUUCCUAUUGCCUGACGGGGUGAUCAACGGGGGAUCCGCCACCGACGCCGGGAACAGCGCCAAAGAAGGUCAGUGGAAAAUCGCUCUAUCGUUACGAACACGAAAGCAGCUCAAAAGGCAGGCGCGAGACGCCCAAAUCGCCGACGAGGAGAAAAACCUGAGCCACGAGGGGCAGCUACGGUUAGCGCGGCGACAAGGCGUAGAAAAAGAUAACAUGGCGUCCUCUGUCAGCGUGGCGAGGCACGGCGCACAUGCGCAGGAAAACUGUAGGGGGCGCUCCGACAAGGAUUUCGUAAAACCACCUGUGCAGAACGGCACUAUGCUUGGAAGCAAGGCUGAAAGGAGCCGCCCGCGCCGCCGCCCGCCGCCCGCGCCGCCGCCCGCCGCCCGCGCCGCCGUCCGCCGCCCCUCCCGCGCAACGACAUGA